CCCGGCGCGCCGCUGCCGGUUGAGGCGGCGGUCGUGCCGGAUGUUGGCUACUGUGAUCAUACGAGGGCGGCCGCGGUGGCGGCGAGCGGCAAGAUCGCGUUCCGGACUAGGUCGGAGGAGGAGAUACUGGAAGACGGCUACAAGUGGAGGAAGUACGGCAAGAAGUCUGUCAAGAACAGCCCUAACCCAAGGAACUACUACCGGUGUUCAACGGAGGGGUGCAGCGUGAAGAAGAGGGUAGAGAGAGACAAAGACGACGCAAACUAUGUAGUGACGAUGUAUGAGGGGGUUCACAACCAUGCGAGCCCUGGCACAAUUUACUAUGCUGCUCAAGAUCCUGCUUCAGGCCGCUUCUUUGUUACUGGGACGCAUCAGCUAGCUCCUUGAUCAAACACUGGAUAACAUUUGGCGUGUGAUUGGUCUUCCUAGAAUGAAACUUAAUGGAGUUGCUUGUAAAGUUGUGCAAUACCUCUUUUAAGUGUACAUGUCUCAUAUUUUAGAGAGUAGAUCAAUCUUCUCGGUUCUAGUGACAUCAACAACAACAUAAGGCUUGUUCACUUUUUUGUGCUACAAAGGACGGUUGGUUCACUAAACUAAAGUUUACUAGGAAGCGAAACUUGAUUUUCUUCAAAUUUUUAUGAUGAGAUUUCGGUUGAAAGUGGCUUG